AUGAUCAAUGGAAAUCUAUUUCAACUUGAUGAGUAUCAUCAACAAGGACAGCAACAAACACAACAACAAUCAAUAAAUAUCGACACAGCCACUGUAGGCGACAUCAGAGAUUAUUUAACAUGUGAUUUAAAAUUAUCUGAUACAGCUCUCAAUGACUUAUUUUCUGAGUUCGAUUUAAAUCCAAAUGAUUUUCAAUAUUUUGAUUCAUCAACAAAUACACAUGUUUAUCCUCAACAAUCGGCUCAAGUUCCAGUUGAAUUACCACCAUCAUACGAUACAGCAUUACUUUCAACAUCAUUAACUAAUAUAACGCAAACUCCAAAUGUUCAACCAGUCAUUGAUGAUUAUCUUUCUUCUGUUGCAUUAAAAUCUUUAAUUGAACAACAUCAAACACAACAAGCAAUGGUUAAAUAUUCUACUUCUCCUCCACUAUCUGUUCCAACACCUCAAACAAGUUAUUCUGAAUCUUCAUCAAUUUUAUCAACGGAUGUGUCAGAACAUCAAUCAAAUAGGAAUUCUCCUGGACGAAAAGCAACAACAUCGAAACGUUCUCGACCACCACCACCGACUCAUCUUCAUAAAUUAAUUAAAAAACCAGAACCAAUACCAGUUACACUAGAUCAAUUUCAAGCAUUAAUUUGUUCUACAUCAGAUACAUCAAAUUCAAAUGUUGGUUCAUUUUCAAAUCUUCUUGAAAAUAGUACUAUUAUUGGAAAUAAUAUUCCUUUAAAAAUUGUUAAUCAAACAAAUCUUAUUAAUAAUAAUAAUAAUAAUAAUAGUUCAGAUGAAAAUAGUCAUCAAGAUUCACCACCGAGUCAUCCUAAUAUAACAACAAAUAUUAAUUUUGGAAGUGGAACAAAUAUUAGUGGGGGUCGUAUUCGACGAAAAUCAUCACAUAAUGCUAUUGAAAAACGAUAUCGAUCAAGUAUUAAUGAAAGAAUACUUGAAUUAAAAGAAAUUGUUGCAGAUACUGAUGAAAAAGUACAAAAAUCUGGUGUAUUAAGACGUACAAUUGAAUAUAUUCGACAGCUUCAAUCAUCUAAUCGGCGAUUAGAAGAAGAAAAUAUAACUUUAAAAACAAUUUUGAAACGAUUAAAUUUAACAAACAUUGAUAUUCCAAAUAAUAAUAAUAUAUCAUCAUCAGAUAGAAAUACUUUGGCUAAAAAUCCAACAACACCACCAUCAUCACUUAGUGAUUCAAGUGAAUCAACACUUGGUUCAAGUGAUGAAGCAUAUAGUCCUGUGCCAAAACGACAAAAACGAACAACUAGUAAACAAGGUAUGGUUAAUGGAACACGAUUAGUUUUAUGUUGUUUUAUGUUAUGUGUUCUUAUAACAAAUCCAUUUAAUUAUUUACUUAAUCUUAUUCAUUCAUCGGAUUAUAAUGAUGCAACUGAAAUGCAAUAUAUUGUUGGUUCAAGAACAUUACAGGGUAUAACAAACAAUGACAAUACUAAUACAUCAACAUUUCUAAGUACAUCAUGGCGACAAUUGGUUGCUUGGAUGCUUAAUUUAGCUAUAUGUCUUGUUUGUUUGGUAAAACUAUUUGUCUAUGGUGAACCAAUUGUAGCCGAAUCUGAAAUGAAUGAAUAUUAUGUUAAUAAGAAAAAAGCAGAUCAACUUAUGACUGAAAAUCGAUUAAAUGAAGCACGUACGUACUAUCGUAAAUGUUGUGAAAAACUAUACGUAACGAUUGACAAUACACCUCUUUAUUAUUUAUCAUCAAUAACAUGGCAAAUAACACGUUUAUGUGUUAAUUUAAUAUUUCUUGGUCGUUGGUUAAUAUUUUGGUCUGGUUGGACAAAAUCUAUUGAUACACGUGAUUAUAAUCGUGAAUUAAAUGAUUGUCUUUUACAAUUAUGGAAAAUUGAAUAUCAAUAUUCAUCAUCAUCAUUAUCAUUAUUUGAUUUAUUUAUAUCAACAAUAAAUACAUCAAUGAAUGCAGGCAAAAAAUUAGAUAUAAAAAAACGAAAUGAAAUUUAUUUAUUAUCAGCAUUAACAUUAAAACAAUUAGGUGGAAUAUUUUCAAUAUUUAUUCCAUAUGUAUUAAAAUGUCUUUCAUUAAUUGAUAAUAAUGAUUUAUGGUUAGCUGAUAUUGAUCGUUUAAAUCAAUUUAUAUCUGAUAAAAAAUAUAUUUUAUUUAAACAUAAUAAUUUUAUUGAAUCAAUACGUUCACAAUAUCAUGAAUAUAUUCUUUAUGAUAAUAUACAAAAUCAACUUUCAUUUCAAGAUAAUAUACAACAACAACAAGAUAUAAUUUUGAAAAAUAAUUUUGAUUUAGAUCGUUUUACAUGGUGGCAACAUUGUUUACAAGUUAUACGGUGUAUAUCAAAUGAUAAACAAUCAAUUGACAAUAUUAUAUCAAGUGAUGUACUACGACAAAGUGAAGAAUCAAAUCAAACUAUUUAUGAUAUGGCACGAUCAAUGAAUCUUGUUGAUAAAAGAUUUAUAAUAAUUAUUGAAACAAUUCAUAGUAUACUACUUAUACUUAAUGAUGAUGAUGAUCAAACAAAUUCAACUCGAAUAUCAUUAUUAGAACAAUUAGGACAAUCAAGUCGAUUAAUAACAUCAAUGAUUGAAAAUUCUGUUAAUAAUCCUAAUAAUAAUAAUAAUUAUGAUAACCUUGAUUUGGCAGUUAAAACUUUAUUAAUCGAUGGUAUUCUUUCACUACGUCUUCGUCUUCUUACAAGUACAAUGACAAAUAAUGAUAAACAAAUCCCAUAUCUUAAUGAUUUUCAACAAGAAUUAGAUAACUAUAAACAACUUAAUCGAAUGAUGAAGUUACCUAAACAAAGACUUUAUUUAUUUGAAUCAGUCUAUCGUGUUUUAUCCGGUUUAAAUCCUUUAGUUAUACAAACAUUAUUUGAACGUGCACUAAAACAACAAUAUUCAACAGUUCAAUUUAAAGAAGAAUCACCAAAUCUCGAUAUAAUUGCAGCACUUUUAUUAUUUUGCCAUUUUUUACCUUCGACGGUAUAUCACUAUCGAAAUAUUCUACAACAAGCUGCUUGUAUAUCAUCAACAACAAACAAAAAUAAUGACCUUAAUCGUUUACGACAACAAUGUUUAUUAUUAGUUCGUCAACCAUAUUUUACUCUUUAA